AGAGUCCGAAGAGGAAGCCAACGAUUCCAUGGAUGAAAGCGAAGACGAGGAAGAGGAAACUGACGAUGGUGACGAGGAUGAUCAAGAGAGUCCCGUAGACAGUGCCGAGAAGGACGAAUCUGAUCGACUAACGGGGGGAAUAUUCCAUGGGUGAAAACGAAGACGAGGAACAGGAAACUGACGAUGGUGACGAGGAUGAUCAAGAGAGUCUCGUAGACAGUGCCGAAGAGCUCGAAUCUGAUCAGGUCGAAAAUAAGGAGAAUUUGCGUGCAGAUGGUCCGUCAAAUUCAGAAUUGGGAAGUGAUGAGGAUAGUUCCGUAGAUGCCGAAGCACUUGACGAUACUUUUGAACAAGAGGACACAGCACUUAAUGGCGAAGAAUCGGGUGAUACCCAGUCUGGUCUCUCCCCCAAUCCUGCAGCACACUUUUAUGCCCAGCCAAAGGCAGAAGCGGAACCGUUGCCCGAGUUGAGCAUUGUCGAGAACAGUUUGAAAACGAACAAGGUGCUCGCAGUGCUCAAGCAGGACAUGGAAUGGUAUGGCACCGUGAUAGUUACACUGCUUAGUGGUCGGAUAUCAAUUAACGGCUACGAAGCACCCCAACUGGAACCGUUGACAAUUUACUCACCCAAGGGCUUCAAUUGGAUUGUCAUUUCGCCGUUGCCCAACAAAAAGGUGCCCAAAGAUCCCUUUAACUACAACAACGCGCUGGAAGAGAGCUUUUCGCGGGCUCAGCUUGAAAAUAUUCUCAGCAAUUUUGACAGGCGACGCGAUGCAAUUGUGCUACUGCAAAGGAAUAGCGGAGCACAAAAGAUGCUCAACAACUUUGCCACACACAUGGCGGAGAAUGUGUUUCCGCUCAUCAAUGCCACCAAUCGACCACAUUACGCUAGCGAAUAUCUGCUAAAUUGCCUUUUGCAGCGUGCCGAUGAUCAGGAGAAGGGCUUGCUGGUGCCGAGAGUGUGGACGAAACUGAAGUUUGUGCCACAUAGUCGCGUCAUGAUAACUGGAGGCAAGGGCGUGGGGAAAUCCACGCUGUUACGCUAUCUGUUAAAUCGACAUCUGCCGCAGUUUGGCAGCAUCUUACUGCUGGAUUUGGAUAUUGGACAACCCGAAAUGUUUGUGCCACAAACUGUUUCUUGCAGCGUUGUCGAUGCCCCGCUGCUGGGACCUGGAUUCUUUCUCAAUCGGCAGCCGGACAAGGCGUUCGUGGUGGGCCAUGUGAAUGUGGUCAUGUGUGCCGAGCAAUAUGCACAUGCUGUCAAGUCUUUGCUCUCGUAUUGUCAACAGCAGGAACGUUACAAGGACAUGCUUUGGUUGAUCAACACCAUGGGCUACAAUAAGGGCUUUGGUGUCGAACUGAUGGCGCUGCUUGUGGACGCUGUGAAACCCACAUCACUGGUGCAAAUCUCCAGUCGUCGGCCCAUUAACAACUUUGAUGUGUCGCUAGACAGCGCAACUCUUUGGCAAGUUGUGCCAACCAUCUAUGUGGACGAUGCAUUCAAGCUGAGUCUCCCGCUGCCCAAGUAUACAAUGCACAAACUGGAAAGUGUUGUGCCAAAGCAGCAGCAUGAGAAAGGCCAAAACAAGGCCUGGCGCAUGAGUGCCAAAGAUAUGCGCUAUUCCAAUAUUCUGGCGCGGCUCAGCGCUACGCUCCGUGGGAAUGCCAAGCAUUUGACCGAGUGCCAGCCGCUGAAAAUAUCGUUGGAUGAGCUGCAAUUUCUGCAGCUCACAUCCGAUGAGCAUACACGGGAAGAACUCAUUGCUGGUGCAGAAGUCAACAUGGUUUAUCUGUGCAAAGCGCCCGAGAAUGACACCCACACAAUCGAGUGCCUUGGCAUUGGUGUUGUGCGCGCUGUUGACUAUGACACGAAGACACUUUACCUGCUGCCAGCGAUGCCACUCGAGCGUUGUGCGGACGUCAAGUGUUUGGUUAUUGGCGGUGACAUGUGCUUGCCUCAGGGUUUCAUCAAGGAUCAAGGUGCUUCCGUUACCAACAAUGUGCCUUAUGUGUUUGUCAUUGAUGACUCCAAGUCGUCGAAGAGCGUGCAACAGAUAUAUCAUCGUGCUCCUGGUUUUUUGGGCAAUCCAGCCAACAAAAAUGUUUAAGACAUCAAAACGUAGAUAAUAUAGUGAAACUAUAUUAUAGGGGGUAGAAUGUAGUAGGAAGAUCCAGCAGAUCCAGUCAACAAAAUGUUUUCUUAAAAACCCGAAACUUAUUAGAAUUAUGGUGAAACUAUGUCAUAGAAAUAUUCUACAAACCAAACAAACAUUGUUCAUGAAGAACUGUUUAGUUUAAGUUUUUGUUAACUCAGACAACUUCUAAAAUAUAAAA